UUUUCACUUUCCACUUUUCUGAGAUGAUUUUCAAUCUGUACAUUUUCGAUCGCAGCGGAACCUGCGUCUACUAUUCCGAGUACCACCGACCACGGAAGGCGACGCUGUCCCAAGACGAGGAGUUCAAGCUGACUUACGGCAUGCUGCACUCGAUCAAGUCGUUCGUCACACGCAUCUCGCCCAAGCCAGUGCGCGAGGGUCUCCACUACUACAAGACAAGUACAUACAAGCUGAACUACUUUGAAACCCUCACUGGACUCAAGAUUGUUCUAAACACGGAUCCCGGCGUGGGCGACAUACACGACCUUUUGCAGCAGAUCUACAGCCAAAUCUAUGUCGAAUACGUUGUCAAAAAUCCGCUGUGCACACCAGGCGAGAAAAUCACAAGCGAGCUGUUUGAAACCAGACUGAACGCCCUUAUUACGUCGUUGCCGUAUUUUGCAACAUGAUUCGAUGCCGAACAAUGGUGUAACAGAACAGCGUCUGUACUUUGUUGUGUUGAUGUGAAUAGAGGGCCAAAGAGCCUGUGC